AUGAAAGCAAACCAAGAAUUGCUUCAACCAUUCGUCACUGAGAUGAAGGCUAAGAGAAAUGCCCAGAGGAGGGAUGAUUCUCCUCCACACACGGCUACGAUGACUCCUACACCUACGCCUACACCUGUUAUGACUCCUCAGCAGGGGGAGAGCGAGGCUAGUCAUCACACUGGUGAUGCUAGUCAACAUACUGUUGUUGUUGACCACUUUGGAGAGGCGGAUGCGGAAGAGAGAAGGAUGAUCUCUUUCCAGAAACACAAGCCUCCAUCCUUUUUGGGGUCUAAGGAUCCUAAGGUAGUCAAUACAUGGCUACAAGGCAUGGAGAAGAUAUUUCAAGUUAUGAGGUGUCAGGAUCCUCAGAGGCUAAGGUACUCAAUAUAUAUGCUGGAAGAGUACUUUCCUAGAGAUGCUAGGGAAGCGAAGCAGGGAAAGUUUGAUAGAUUGGUGCAAGGCACCAUGUCAGUGGAUGCUUAUGUGGUGAAGUUUAAUGAGCUUGUAAAGUUUGCUAAUUAUGGCAAGGUUCUACCUACCCCGGAUUUCCUGGCUGCUAAGUUCCAGAGGGGACUUAAUGAGAAAAUAGCGAAGCGUAUGUCUAAUACGGCGGUGCAAAGCUUUGUGGAUCUUGUUACCCAAUGCAAAAGGGUAGAGACGGUUUAUAGGAGGUACCCGAAGUCCGAUGCUUCUUGUGAGCAAGAGGUGAAGAGGAAUGCUAAUCCUUUCGAUUCACCCUGGAAGGGUGCUUGCUUUAAGUGUGGUCAGACUGGCCACUUUGCUCGAAACUAUACUUUUUCUGCCGGGCAAGCCGCAAAUCUGCAGGCCUUGCCGAUUUCUGCUACCACUACUGAUGUUAUUCCUACGAUUGGACGCAUCUAUACUACAAAUGUCCAACAUUCUUAUAAGGCUCCGAACUUAGUUAAAGGUAUAAUUUUCAUUGCUAAUCAUGAUUUAUCUGUGUUGUUUGACUCUGGAGCGACCCAUUCUUUUAUUGCGGAAUAUGUGGCUAUGGGGUUGAAUUUAAAUGUAACAAAGAUAGAUUCCCCGAUGCAUAUUACUACUGCUACAGGAAAGGCCUUGAAGGCUGGGAAUUUGGGCUAUGUACUAUUGGGUUGUCUGGUUGGUGAGAAAGAAGUGGAGAUUUCUAAUAUUCCGGUAGUGAAGGAAUUUAUGGAGGUGCUUCCAGACGGAAUACCUGAGUUUCCACCAUAG